UAACAAAUCAAAACAAAAACAACUAACAUUUGCUAGCAAGCUGUGUCACAUCUGCUUUUAUUGUCGCCAAAAUAAAACAAAUAACAAAAAUUCCUCUAAUUGCACGUCAAAACUUUGCAAUGUUCAAAGCAAUCUUUAAAGCCAUCUUUGGCUUUGUCCAAUUUGCUGCGAAUCGAAUCCGAGCAUGGAUACCACAAGUCGCAGCGUCUCUAAUUCUUUUCGGCUAUCUGGAGGAUGCACUGCAGGCGAUGCUGCAGCUGCGAAUGCAUGCACAUCAUAUGGCAAUGCUUAUGAAUGGAUGGGAAACAAUUGGAGUUAUCUACAUGCUGCUCGAUAUCGCCAUAAUUCUGACUGGCACUGUGCUAAUUGGGUGCAGCUGCAAUUGCAACGAUGGCAGCGGCAACGGUGUCGCUAUGCUCUGGCUGCAGCGCACGUUGCGAACACUCGCCUUUAGUAUUUGGGAUUAUGAAUUGUUGCUGCACUAUUGCGUCGAUGUUGGGUGUUUGCUGCUGCUGCUGUUGGCAAUGCGGCAGAGUCAACGCCAAGCAACUGCUGGCGUCUGCUGGCAGCAUGACAGACAACAACAGCGGAGCUUGCAACGUUUGCUCUCGGUCGCACGCAUUGGCAUGUGUUGUGUGUGUCUUUUGUGGAUUGUCGAGCCACAUCAGCUUGCGCUUGAAAGAAAAUUGAAGUUGUCCGAACCAAGGGGGAAUGUUGUGUGUGGCGUGUUAAAUGCAAGAGGCAACAUGAGGCGCAAGUCAGCAGCCAGCCAAGUGGGCGAGUUAAAAGGGGCAACAGAGCUGUUAAUGAGUUUUGGGCACCAAGCACCAGGCGGUGGGCAGAGGAUGCAUUUAACAAGUAAGACCCAGAGAGAAAAGAGAGCGCGCAUUGCGAUAGCGUCCCUGGAUGCACUGACCUUCGCUCUUGACUUAAAACCCAUUUGCAUAAGCGCGACGCCUGGUGGAUGGCGCCCUGGCAAGGAUAUGCGUAUAAUCAUCGUCCUGCGCCUUGUGCUUCUGGUGUGUCUGGUGCUGAGUGUUUGCUGCUGCUGCUACUGCUGCUUGUGUGUGGCGCCGUUUUGCUUUUGUUUAUCCAACUGACGUCGCUGGUUGGCAAGCUUGUCUGCAAUGGGUUUCCUUAAUUAAAAAUCGCCAGCGAUUUAUUGACCUACCCGUUAAACGAACUGACAGCAUGAUAAACAAAUAAAUACACAGCAAUCACAGUCAGCCAAAAAAAAUAUGGUAUAAAAACAAGACACGCAUAAGGCAAAAGACAAUGCAACUGCAAAUGGGCUGAGACAAUAAAUACUUCAAUGCAAAGUGCUGCAUAAUUAUGCGUACAGGUAAACUGCAAAUGAAAUGCUAUUUAAAUUCCGCUUACUUCCGUUUGCAAUUCGUGUCAUUGAGCAUAAUAAAAAAAAUCCACAGCUCGUACAUCUUACCAAAAUUAUUCUCCUCAAGGAGCGCGCCCUUUUGGCGCUCAGAGGACCAGCAAAAACCAAAAUGAGAUACUUGUCAUAUGCAAGUAAGUGCAUCCAUGUAAUUUUCUAAAUGAAAACAAGCGACGUAGCCACAAAAAUAAAAAGAAUGUAUUAAAAUGCAGGACAAGAGCAAACAAAAAAGCAAAAACAACAGCAGU